AUGACCUGCUCUCUAGACUCCUCUGGUGGUUUUGAUGCCUCUGGGCCUGAGCAGACUAAAAUUACAGCUCUCCUACCUAAAGACAGUGAUCCAGUCUCAUCCUGGGGUAGAUUUGGACAGGAUGAUGAUGGACUAGAUGACUCCUUACUGGAGCUUUCUGAGGGAGAGGAGGAUGAUGGUCACUUCAGUUACACAGAAGAAGAGAUUCAAGAGCUAUUGAAGGAUGAUGACUCACUAAAUGAACAGUCUCUGGGAGGAUUAAGAAAAGAUGCAGGUGGUCAAACUGAGAAGUUGGGGAGCUGUAGUGGUAUUUCAUUUGACUCUCCUCAAGAUAUAAAUGUACUUUGCAGCGUGGGACCCAGGGCUGGGCCAGCUAGCAUCCAUAAUCUACCUCAGAUAAACAUACCAACUAGGCACGCACCCACUCCAACCAAAUCACCUAGCAGACACUUUGUAUCAGAAAAAAAUCUCUUGAAAAUAACUGUUGUCCCACCUUUUAAUACAACAGUUUGUGAUGCGUUUGGUCCAAAAGAGACUGAGUCUUCUUCAAAAGAUGGUUCCAGUAAUGCAGACUGUUUGGGAACUCCCUCCUCCCUGGGGAAAGAUGGGAAUAGAGAAGGUCAUGGCCAGAAUGAUGGCAAAAUUUGCACUAAAGAAAUCAGCUCCUCUUGUUCUGUUUGGGAAGGGACUCCACCUCCUAAAGCUGGCCCUCCACAGGGGUCUCCUAGAGCAAAUGCAUCUAAUUGUGAAGAGUCUGUACCUGUAGCUUCUCCAACCUUGGAACCAACUAGACCAGAUGUGGCACUGCCUUCAGGCAAUGAUGGACACAAAUUAGGUGACACAGCUAGGCCUCCAGCUGUACAGUCUUCAUCUACCAAACCGGUCAAACUAGACAAGGAUUCUAAAAAGAAGGAAGGGUAUGAGAGAAGAUUAGGGAAAGUCAUUCCACUUCAACUGGCCAAAGCAAGGAGUAAGAUUCAGACAUUCUCGAAGACUGAGCUGGAACAGAAGAAGCAAAUUUAUCUUAAGAAUGUCAUUGCUCACUUAAAAAACCCUCUGGAAUCUAACCAAGGUGCCUUAGGUGAGUUAUGUGCCUUGAUGGAUCAAGUUGCUAAUGGGGAAUAUCAAAAGCAGAACCAGCGGUGGCAACACCCAUCAGACCUCACCAUGAGAAACUACCCCCGAUUCAGACAGAAGCCCUUACAGAGGUACAGCCUGACUCAGUGGGUGGACAGGAACCUUCGCAGCCAUCGUCGGUUCCAAGGCCUUGCUGAUCAGUUCCAACACACUCCAGUUGUUUCAUCCCCCCACCUAUGAAGGAGCUGCUCUAAGACACCCCAUCAGUAUUCAGAACAAUUUUUGUUCCUUUCCGUUUGCUUUAUAGACUUCUGAAUGAUUUUAUUUUAAUAAGACUUUUUAAUGACCAUGUCACCUUUGA